CGGACAUGGACAUUGAUAUGACUGGGAACAAGGGGAAAGGGAAGGCUGUUGUUUCUUUAUCUGAGGAACAUGAGGUCAACCCCAAUAACCAGGAAGUUUCUUCAUCAUUGGCAAAGAUUGUGUUCAUUCUGAAGCUUUUGACAGAGGUUCUCUUGAUGUAUUCUUCAUCUAUUCAUGUUCUGCUUCAUCGAGAUGCUGAAGUUAGUAGUUUCAGGGGCCCUCCUCAACAUGCUCUUACUGGUCACUGCACUGGUGGAAUAUUCCAUCAUAUUCUUCACAAGUUUCUUCCCUAUUCCAGAAGUUUGAAGAAGAAAAAGAAAACAUAUAUUGACUGGAAGCACAAACUAGCAAGCAGGGGUAGCCAGUUUUUGGUGGCGUCUUGUGUCCGCUCCACAGAAGCAAGGAAGAGAAUUUUUAUGGAGGUCAAUAAUGUUUUUAAUGAGUUUGUUGAUUCUUGUACCGGUUUUAGGCCUCCAGGAAGUGAUAUCCCAGCUUUAAUUGAUCUGAUCAACGAUGUAGUUGCUGCUCGUACACCCACAGGUUCAUACAUUUCGGCUGAAGCUUCUGCUACUUGUAUAGAUGUUGGUCUGGUGAGGUCAUUAACUCGUACUCUCCAAGUGUUAGACCUGGAUCAUCCUGAAUCUCCGAAAGUUGUUACAGGACUUGUCAAAGUUCUUGAGAUAGUAACCAAGGAACACAUCCAUGCAGCUGAUUGUAAUACUGGCAAGGUUGAAAAUGCAACAAAACCUCCUGAUCAGAGUCAACUUGGUGGAACAGAUAAUGGUGGCAAUAUAUCCGAGUCUAUGGAAACUUCUCAACAUAAUCAGAGUUCUGCAGCAGCUGACCACAUUGAGUCUUUUGACACUGUCCAGAACUACGGUGGAUCUGAGGCUGUUACUGAUGAUAUGGAACAUGACCAAGAUCUUGAUGGAGGCUUUGAUCCUGCAAAUGAAGAUGACUACAUGCAUGAAACUCCCGAGGACACCAGGGGUGUUGAAAAUAUCCUUGAUACUGUGGGGAUUAGAUUUGAAAUCCAGUCACGUGACCAAGAGAAUCUUGACGAUGACGACGACGACGACGACGAGAUGUCAGGGGAUGAUGUAGAUGAAGAUGAAGAGGAUGAUGAGGAACAUAAUGAUCUUGAAGAAGAUGAAGUGCAUCACCUGCCAGAUCCUGACACAGAUCAGGAUGACCAUGAGCUUGAUGAGGAUGAAUUUGAUGAGGAGGUGAUGGAGGAAGAGGAUGAAGAUGAUGACGAUGAUGAAGAGGAAGGAGUUAUACUUAGGCUGGAGGAGGGAAUCAAUGGGAUAAAUGUUUUAGAUCAUAUUGAGGUUUUUGGUAGAGAUUAUAGUUUUGCCAAUGAUACUCUCCACGUGAUGCCCGUUGAAGUUUUUGGCUCUAGACGCCAAGGGCGUACUACAUCCAUUUACAAUCUAUUGGGGAGAACUGGUGACAAUACCGCUCCGUCGCAGCAUCCACUCUUGGUGGAGCCUUCUUCAUCACUACAGACAGCUCCUCUCAGGCAAUCAGAGCGUGAUGUCGGCCAUUCUGAUAGGAACUCAGAGAACAACUCCUCACGUCUGGAUGUUAUUUUCCGGUCACUGAGGAAUGGUCGUCAGGGACACCGUUUCAACCUGUGGACAGAUGAUACCCAGCAAACUGGUGGAUCAAAUGCAUCUGCAGUUCCCCAAGGGCUUGAAGAUCUGCUUGUUUACCAUUUGAGACGGCCAGUCCCAGAGAAACCGUCUGAUCAGAAUACGAUACCCUUGGAAACUCAAAGUAAAGGUGAGGUGAGUCCAUUACAAGAAUCUGCAGGGAUAACCUCUGAAAAUCCUGCCGAGAAUAAUGGCAACAGUGAAAACAAUUAUGUGCCUCUGCCUUCUUCUAUAGCAAUGGAUAGUUCGGGCAAUGCUGAUACAAGGCCUACAAUAAAUGAAUCUCUACAAGGAACAGAUUUAGCAAGUACACUCUCUCAAUCUGUUGAAAUGCAGUUUGAACACAAUGAUGCUGUUGUGCAUGAUGUUGAGGCAGUGAGCCAAGAAAGUAAUGGAAGUGGAGCAACAUUGGGGGAGAGCCUUCGGAGUCUGGAUGUUGAAAUUGGAAGUGCUGAUGGCCACGAUGAUGGUGGAGAAAGGCAAGGUUCUGCUGAUACUCGAACAAGGAGAACAAAUGUGUCUUUUGCGAAUUCUACUCCAGUAAGUGGGAGAGAUGCAUCACUUCAUAGCGUAACAGAAGUUUCAGAAGAUCCUAGCCAAGUACCCGAUCAGGGUGGUCAAUUAGAGGAGCAGCAGGUGAAUGGUGAUGCUGAUUCUGCUUCAAUUGACCCAACGUUCCUUGAUGCACUCCCUGAGGAGCUGCGUGCCGAAGUUCUUUCUGCUCAACAGGGUCAAGUGGCGCAGCCUUCAAAUGCUGAACCUCAAAAUUCUGGGGAGAUAGAUCCAGAAUUUCUUGCAGCCCUUCCGCCUGACAUUCGUGAAGAAGUCCUUGCGCAACAAGAAGCACAAAGAUUACAUCAAUCACAGGAACUGGAAGGUCAACCUGUAGAAAUGGACACUGUCUCAAUAAUUGCGCCUUUUCCUUCAGAAUUACGAGAAGAGGUUCUCUUGACAUCCUCUCAUGAUAUCCUUGCCAAUCUCACACCAGCUCUUGUUACGGAGGCGUCUAUGUUGCGUGAAAGAUUUGCAAAUCAUUAUAAUCGAACACUCUUUGGAAUGUACCCUAGAAACUGUAUGGGUGAAUCUUCUCGACGAGGUGAAGGUAUUGGAUCUAGUCUGGAUAGAGCUGGUGGAAUCAUUGCUCGUAGGUCUAUGGGAAGUAAGCCAGUUGAAGCUGAAGGAGCUCCUCUAGUUGACACAGAAGCUCUGAGAGCCAUGGUUCGGCUGUUUCGUGUUGUUCAGCCACUUUAUAAAGGUCAGCUGCAGAGGCUUCUCUUGAAUUUAUGUGCACAUAAUGAAACCAGAACUGCUCUGGUGAAAAUCUUGAUUGACAUGUUGAUGCUUGAUAUAAGGAGGCCUGUCAAUCAUUUGAGUGCUUCUGAGCCAUCUUAUAGGCUGUAUGCUUGCCAGAGUAAUGUAAUGUAUUCUCGGCCUCAAUCUUUUGAUGGUAAUGCCUCGAUGCUUUUCUCUUAUCCAUUGUUGGUCAAUUGCAUUUUGUCCUUUCAUUUGUCAAAUCUCGGAAGUGUGAUUUGGGCAUUGGCCAAUAUUUGUGGUUCCUAUUUUAGCAGAGAUUUGAGCCUGUCAGAUAAUGCAUAUACUAUGGCAGCAGAGGUGUUGAAGAAGUUGGUUGCAAUUGCUCCAUCUCACUGUCGCCUGCUUAUCACUGAGCUAGCGGAUUCUAUGCAAAAUUUGACCAAGUCUGCAAUGGAUGAGUUGCGCAUUUUUGGAGAAGCAGAAAAAGAACUACUCACUACUAUAUCAUCUGGUGGUGCCGCAAUUUUGAGGGUCUUGCAGGCAUUAAGCUCGCUCUUUGCCUCAAUUUCUGAGAAAGAUAAGGAUCAUCAAAUUCUAUCUGAAAAGGAAUACACUACUGCUAUUUCUUUGGUAUAUGAUAUCGGUGCAGCUUUGGAGCCUUUGUGGCUGGAGUUGAGUGCUUGUAUAAGCAAAGUAGAAAGCUAUUCAGAUUCGCCACACGAUUUAUCAAAUAAAUCUGUGAUUUCAGCAUAUAAACCAUCUGGUGUAAUGCCUCCACUUCCUGCUGGUACUCAGAACAUCUUGCCAUACAUAGAAUCUUUCUUUGUGAUUUGUGAGAAGUUGCAACCUGGGCAGUCAGUUGUGAACCAGGACCUUGGUAAUGCUCUAGUUUCUAAUGUUGAAGAUGCCGCCACUUCUACAAGCCUGCAGAAAACUUCAGGGUCUGCUCUGAAAGCAGAUGAAAAACACCUUGCUUUUGUGAAGUUCUCAGAGAAGCAUCGGAAGCUCUUAAAUUCUUUCAUCCGGCAAAACCCUGGGUUGCUUGAGAAGUCUUUCUCACUCAUGCUGAAGGUUCCACGCUUUAUUGAUUUUGACAACAAACGUGCACACUUUAGAUCUAAGAUAAAGCACCAACAUGAUCAUCAUCACAGCCCUUUAAGGAUUUCUGUGAGAAGAGCUUACAUUCUGGAAGAUUCAUAUAAUCAACUGCGCAUGAGGUUGGCACAAGAUUUGAAGGGGAGGUUGAAUGUUCAUUUCCAAGGAGAGGAAGGUAUUGAUGCAGGUGGACUUACCAGGGAAUGGUAUCAGUUGUUGUCCAGGGUUAUCUUUGACAAGGGUGCACUACUAUUUACAACUGUUGGCAAUGAAUCAACAUUUCAGCCAAAUCCCAACUCCGUUUAUCAAACGGAACAUCUCUCGUACUUUAAAUUCGCUGGGCGAGUUGUUGGGAAAGCACUUUUUGAUGGACAACUUCUUGAUGUUCAUUUUACUUGAUCCUUCUACAAGCAUAUCCUCGUGGUUAAAGUGACUUACCAUGACAUUGAAGCUAUAGAUCCUGAUUACUUUAAAAACCUGAAGUGGAUGCUUGAGAACAAUACCACUGACGUUUUGGACCUUACUUUUAGCAUUGAUGCUGAUGAAGAGAAACGGAUAUUGUAUGACAAGACAGAGGUGACUGACUAUGAACUGAUCCCUGGUGGACGGAACAUUCGAGUUACUGAGGAAAACAAGCAUGAAUAUGUUGAUUUAGUUGCUGAGCAUCGUUUGACUACUGCUAUUCAUCCUCAAAUAACUGCAUUUUUGGAAGGAUUUAGUGAACUAAUACCUAGUGAUUUGAUAUCUAUUUUUAAUGAUAAGGAACUGGAACUAUUAAUUAGUGGGCUUCCAGAUAUAGACUUGGAUGACAUGAAGGUGAAUACGGAGUACUCUGGGUAUAGUGCUGCAUCUCCUGUCAUCCAAUGGUUUUGGGAAGUGGUUCAAAGUUUCAGCAAGGAAGAUAAGGCUCGUCUUCUGCAGUUUGUGACUGGCACCUCAAAGGUAUGUUUCUGUAGUGUUUUUUUGUAUCCCUCAGUUGUGCGUGAUACUUUGAAGUAAAUUUUUUUUUUUCUU